CCUCAAACUCCUUGUUCUAGGAGACGCAAGGCCCCCCCUUGACAACAGAGCCAUCAACCCCUUUCCCUCUCUGUCUUUAGCACGAGUCGGCACUCGUUAAAAAGCACAGACCUUUUGUUUUAGCUGUAGCCGACCCUCCUAGGUUUUAUUAAUCCUGCUGUACAUCUCUAACCAUGGCGGCGAGUGCGAAACGAAAACAAGAGGAGAAACACCUGAAGAUGCUGAGAGAAAUGACGAGUUUGCCUCCCAACAGAAAGUGCUUUGACUGCGACCAGCGCGGCCCAACCUAUGCCAACAUGACUGUGGGCUCCUUCGUGUGUACCUCCUGCUCUGGCAUCCUACGAGGACUGAAUCCACCCCACAGAGUUAAGUCCAUCUCCAUGACAACCUUCACACAACAGGAAAUCGAGUUCCUACAGAAACAUGGCAAUGAGGUAUGUAAACAGAUCUGGCUUGGCCUUUAUGAUGACAGAACUUCCUCAAUACCAGAUUUCAGAGAACCACAGAAGGUCAAGGAAUUCCUACAGGAGAAAUAUGAGAAGAAGAGAUGGUAUGUACCUCCUGAACAGGCCAAGGUAGUGGCAUCCGUCCAUGCUUCCAUCUCUGGCUCCUCAAACAGCAGCACCAGCAGCACCCCAGAGGUUAGACCGCUCAAAUCCCUGCUGGGGGAGUCAGCCCCCUCCCUACACCUCAACAAGAACACCCCACCUAAUCAGUCUCCAGUGGUUAGCCGUGGACAAACCCAACAGCAGCAGUUCCAUGACAAGAGGUUCGACCUCCUCAGUGACUUGGGCGGAGACAUCUUUGCUGCGCCGCCCAACAUGAAUGCAGGCGCCGGCUCCAGUUUUGCUAACUUUGCACAUUUCAACAGCCACACAACAGCACAGAAUGCCACCGCAAAUGCAGACUUUGCUAAUUUUGAUGCAUUCGGGAGCACUUCUGGGUCGACAGGUGGUUUCCCCUCCGCACCCCAAGCCCCAUUCCAACCCUCAAAUACAGGUAGUGCCUCAGGGGGACUAGCAAAUGCCAAUUUUGCAAAUUUUGACAACUUCCCCAAAUCGUGUAGUGCUGACUUUGGAUCCUUCAGUUCCUCCUCCCAGAGUAACUCCACAGGAGCUGGCAGAGAUGCAGUACAGAGUACUAGCCUCCCUGCCGAUAGAUACGCAGCCCUGGCUGACCUGGAUAACGUGUUUAGCUCUGCCAAAACAGAGCAAGGAGGUGGUAUUCCUGGUGGGGUGAGCUCAGCCGCAACGGCAGCAGCAGGAGUAAGUGGUUUGCCUCAGAAGCAGCCAGCAGUGCCUGCAGGGGGGGACCGCUAUGCUGCUUUAGCUGAGCUUGACACUGUCUUCAGCCCCUCAGUCCCUGCUACCAGCGUUUACAACACCACCAGCACCUCACAAGGUGGUGUGUUUGGCCCAGAGACUGGGGUGUCCACAGCACAAGCACAGCAGGCCCUGCCAGGCAUGGCUCAAGGUUUUGGACCUCAAUCAACUAAUCCAUUUGUAGCUGCUGGAGUUGCCCCGGCAGCAGCUCCAACCAACCCAUUCCAAAGCAAUGGCAGAACAGCAAAUAUGGCGGCAGCAGCAGCAGCAGCAGCAGACUUGAUGAGGGCUCUUCAUGGGCAGGGUUAUCCUCCCACCUUUGCAUCGUUUGGCACAGGGUCCAUGAGUAUGCCAGCUGGAUUUGGGAACACUGCAGCCUUCAACCUGCCCACCAGCUUUAGUGGAACCUUCCAGCAACCCUUUCCUGGCCAGGCUCCCUUCCCUCAGCCUCCUGCCUAUCCCCAGCAACCAAAUGGUGGAGGAUUUCCAGCUUUUGGCCAGGCCAAGCCUGUUGUGACUCCUUUUGGGCAGGUGAUGGCUGGACCUAUGGUCUCAAGCAACCCUUUCUUGGGUGCAGCUCCAUCUGCACAAUAUCCUGCAGGAGGCUCUUCAACGAAUCCCUUCUUAUAGCGAUCCAUCCAAUCAGCUCUGAUACA